UCUCCCUUAGCGGUUCCGGUCGGAAUUACCCGGCAGCACACGCCGACAUGGCUGCGCUGGUAGGGAAAGGUGUGCGCGACAUGCUGAAGCGUGCGGACUUCAUGACGGUCCCGCGGAGACAACGACAUAAGAAGAAAUGGGCUGCCACAGAGCCCAAAUUUCCUGCCAGUCGACUGGCUCUGCAGAAUUUUGACAUGACCUACAGUGUGCAAUUUGGGGAUCUUUGGCCAUCGAUCCGGGUCAGUCUCCUCUCAGAGCAGAAGUAUGGUGCACUGGUCAAUAACUUUGCUGCCUGGGAUCGUGUGAGUGCUGAGCUGGAGCAGCUGAGUGCCAGGGACUUCGUGAAUGAAGCUAUCUUCCAUGGGGAACCAGAACCUGAGAAUGGCCAAACUGCAGCUCCACCCCCUGCCUCCUGGGCCUGCAGUCCAAACCUUCGAUGCUUCACUUUCGCCAGAGGGGAUGUCAGCCGUUUCCCUCCUGCCAGGCUUGGCAGCCUGGGUGUCAUGGAUUACUACCUGAUGGAUGCUGCCUCCUUGCUGCCUGUCCUGGCCCUCGGCCUACAGCCUGGUGACACCGUGCUUGACCUGUGUGCCGCCCCUGGGGGAAAGACACUAGCAUUGCUUCAGACUGGCUGUUGCCGCAAUCUCGCUGCCAAUGAUCUCUCCACUUCACGAGCAGGCAGACUACAGAAGGUCCUUCACAGCUAUGUGCCUCAAGAUGUCAGGGAUAGGAAUCGAGUUCGAGUCACAUCAUGGGAUGGCAGGAAGUGGGGAGAACUGGAGGGGGACAUCUAUGACCGGGUGCUGGUGGAUGUGCCCUGUACGACAGACCGCCACUCCCUUCAUGAGGAGGAGAACAACAUCUUUCAGCGUUCAAGGAAGAAGGAGCGGCAGAUGUUGCCUGUGUUGCAGGUGCAGCUUCUUGCGGCUGGACUCCUUGCUACCAAACCAGGAGGCCACGUUGUCUAUUCCACCUGCUCACUCUCACACUUACAGAAUGAGUAUGUGGUGCAAGGCACCAUCGAGCUCCUGGCCAAUCAAUAUGGCAUCAAGGUUCAUGUGGAAGACCUGACUCACUUCCGAAAGCUUUUCAUGGACACAUUUUCUUUCUUCCCGUCCUGCCAGGUUGGGGAGCUGGUAAUCCCAAACCUCAUGGCCAAUUUUGGGCCUAUGUACUUUUGCAAAAUGUGUAGAAUGACGUAGCAUCACCCUGUUCCUGAAGUCCUGUUGUAGGAAGACAAAGGGUGUACUCUUGUGAAGACCAGUGGCAGAGGUGCACUCUGGCCUGUCUCCAUCCCAUUCAAGUCUUUCUAUAGACAGUUUUCAGCAGUAGGAAGUAAGAGUUUUUCUGUCCUGCUGUCCAAUUGUGGAGCAUCAGCACGUUUCUAACUCACUUAUUACACUCCACUUCCAACCCCUACUCCCCAACUCUGAGCCUGUGCUAAAGGUUCCUGCCCCAUUAGGGGCUUAGGAGGAGGAACCUGUGAGCAGGGCCACUCUUUAAGCUGUAAACUUGGGAAGAAGCAUUUAGCCAAUAAAAUUGUUGAAGCUCCAUGGAGCUGGGACUGUAGUUGGGGGGUCUCACGUCACUCCAAGUAGUGUUAGUUCCUUUUGUACCCAGGUACCCAAAGCGCAGGACCUCAGCCUGGUUACAGAGCCCAUCUCACACUUGAGGUGAGAGUUCUGCAUGAUAAGUCUUGAGCAGCCGAAGGGCUUAAACAAGCCUACCAAGUUUCUCCAUAUGUCCCAUGAUCUAAUUUAAGAAACAAGUAACUAAAAUGUUAAGCCAGUGCAUAAUAAUCUGCUUACUUACUUUGAGAAAGCUCUCUUGAGCUGAAUAAUUCCAGCCAUUCCUCCUGCUGUCAACAGCACUGCUUCCCAAAUGUGGCUGGGAAGAGGUCUAGUGGCUCCAGUGGCUCCUGUGCUCUAGAGCCUGCGAGCCACAACUACUGAGCCCACGUGCCACAACUACUGAAGCCCAUGUGCCUAGAGCCCAUGCUCCGCAACAAGAGAAGCCACCGCAAUGAGAAGCCCGCGCACCGCAAUGAAGAGUGGCCCCCACUUGCUGCAACUAGAAAAAGCCCAUGCGAAGCAGCAAAGACCCAACGCAGCCAAAAAUAAAUAAAUUUUUAAAAAACU